AUGCUAUCGAGAUUAUUGAAACAGGCAUGUGUUGUAAGGAGAAGCCAUCAGCCUUCGUUAUCCAUCUUUCCAUCAUCCUACUUUCAUCCAUCCUUCAGUAUCCAUCCAUCCAUCACCAUCCAUCCAUCUAUCAGCAUCCAUUCAUCAUCUGCAUCCACAUCUUCCCGUACCCCAUCAACCAGCCAAUCAGCUCUUCGUACCCUUUCCACCAGCCAAUCAGCUGUCGGGUUUGAUGAUCCCGCCAUCGCAAAGUUGGACCCGUCGUUUAACAACCCUCAGGAGGCCUUUCGAAGUAAGACGAACUUUGAACUUAUAAGAGGGUACUUAGUCUUCCAGCUAUGCUCGAUCAACUAUCUAGUGGAUAAUAAUAAGAAAGUCAUGAAGUUAGCGAGAAAGUUGGUCGGCAAGAACUUAUUCGAGAAGAUAAUGAAGGCUUCCUUCUAUGGUCAGUUCGUGGCCGGGGAAGACGCAGAAAGAAUCAAACCAGUGGUCGAGAGGAACAUGUCGUUCGGUGUCAAGUCCAUCUUGGACUACAGUGCAGAGAAGGAUAAUCACGUUGAAGAGGCCAGAACCACUGAGUUGAAAAUAAAAAAAACUAAUGAAGAAAAAAAAUUUAACAAAAAUAAAAAAGCGGACGACAAAAAGUUCAGCCCCUCGUACGAGUUCGGUGACAGACGGGAGCACGUGAUCAGUGCCAGGACCUACUUCUACGAAGAUGAAAAACAGUGCGACGAGAACAUGCAGCACUUCAUCCGAGGCAUCGACGCCGUUUCAGGCGCCACGAACGCUACUGGGUUCGCCGCCGUGAAGUUGACAGCGCUAGGAAGACCGCAGUUUCUCUUACAACUUUCAGAGGUGUUGGUACGUGUCAGACGAUACUUCGAUACACUGGCUCAAUGCUACGGAACUGGAACGGUCACCAAGCAGGACUUCGAAAGACAUCUGAAGAGUUUCAAUCUGGACCAGGAGGAGACGCAACGCUGGUUCACCGUGCUCGACUGCACCAAGGAUGGGUCUGUAGAAAUUGACCUCUUAGAUUGGCACAACUUACUCGAGGUCAACGUCAGCCUCGCCAAACUGCUCAGGGUACCAAAUCUAAGGACCGGCAAGUUGGAACCCUUGGUGAAACAUCUGACCGACGUUGAAGAGGAACAAAUGAAGAACAUGCUUCACAGGAUCGACAAAAUUCUUAAAUACGCCGAAAGUAAGGAUGUGCGUGUGAUGAUUGACGCCGAGCAGACGUACUUCCAAGCGGCCAUCAGCCGUCUCUGCAUGGAGAUGAUGAGGAAAUAUAAUGGAAAGAAAGCGACAGUCUUCAACACGUAUCAGUGCUACUUGAAAGAUGCCCACAACCUCCUCUGCAAUGACCUGGCACUGUCGAAAAGGGAAGACUUUUAUUUUGGGGCCAAACUCGUUCGCGGGGCUUAUAUUGAUCAGGAGAAACUGCGAGCUCAGACCCUCGGUUACGAAGACCCGAUCAACCCUUCUUACGAAGCCACCAGUCAAAUGUUUGAGAAAACAGUAGGUGAAGUUAUGAGGAGUAUCAACGAACGACCAAAAGGUAAAAUAGCAGUGAUGAUGGCCACCCACAACGAAGAUACUGUGAGAAUGGUGCUGAAGAAGAUGCAGGAGUACGAGAUCAAAUCUACGGACAAACUGAUCUGCUUCGGCCAGUUGUAUGGAAUGUGUGAUCAGAUAAGUUUCUCGCUAGGUCAAGCGGGUUAUUCCGUCUACAAGUACGUACCAUACGGACCCGUGGAAGAGGUGAUACCUUACUUGUCGAGGAGAGCCAUCGAGAACAGAGGGAUCUUAGCCAAAGUAAAAAAAGAGAAAAAACUUUUGAGGUCUGAGAUAUGGAGAAGGUUCUGGAGACUAAAAUGGUUUUACAAACCACCCAGGCCUGACAUUCUCAAACAACAUCAACCACAGCAACCACAUCAACCACAACUACAAAAAACGGAACAACAAUACAAAUCACCUUCGUCACCAUCGUCGCCACGUCAGACACCACAGAUUCUUCGGAGCAGCGCAGCGCCUAAAUAA